AAUAAGCCAAUUUUCUUAUACCAAGGUUUCUCAAUAUAGGGUUUAUGGCUCAGAUACUAUGGUGAUGGAAGGGGAUUCAGUAGAAUCAGACAUUACCGAGAGAGAUAGUGAGGGUUUUUUCAAAAUCAUAGACCAGAUUGAGGAAACAGCUUCAUCAAUUUGUAAGUUUUCGCUUCUGUUUGAUGACGUGAGUGACUCGCUGGGGAAGGAGGAGGAAGAACGACUAAGAGUGGUUGAAGCGAGGGAGAAGGAGAUUGGUUUGCUUGAAGAGUCGGUAUGUGGUAGAUUAAGUGUUUUAGAGGAGAAAGAGUUUGAUUCUGAUUUUAGACAGGUCAUCAUGAUGUUGGUGCUUGAGAAGCAGAGUGAAGCAAGGGAUAAGGAGCUUAACUUAAUUGAGGAAGCUAUCAAAGAGAAGACUGCUGAUUUGAAGAGAAAGGAGGAGACUUUUGAUCUGAAAGUGCUAAAAGAGUCUGAGAAAUGGAGAGAGGAGACUGAACUGAGCAGCAAAAUUCUUGAGAUUAAGGAGAAGGCACUGGGAAAAAUGUUGAAUGAGAUUGCGUUGAAGCAGAUGGAAUUAGAAGAAAGAUCAAAACAACAAGUUAUAGAAGCAGAAUCCCGGAAGAGAUCCAACCAUGAGCUUGAGCCUCCCUUCUUGGUAAGUAAUGAUAGUGCUGCUCUUACUCCUCAAGCCAAAAAACAGAAAUCUCAUGAAGCAAAUGGUGAAGACAUUGAAGUUGUUUACACUGAUGAAACUGAUGAGGAUCCAGCAUCAUUAACUUUUCAUGAUACAGAUGAUUUGAGCAAGUUAAUGAGCUCGUUUGCUGUUGAUCAAGUAUGGGCUUUAUAUGAUCCUAGAGAUGAUAUGCCUAGGAUCUAUGCUCAGAUCAGGAGAAUUUUCGACUCCGAGUUGAGUUUGCAGGUGACAUUACUAGAGCCUAUCAAAACUACAAAAGAUAAGAAAUCUAUUUGUAGUGGUUGUGGUAGAUUCGAAUAUGGAGAUACAGAGAUCAAAAGGCAUUUGAUGUUUGCUCAUGAGAUGCAUCAUAUAACAUGUGCCAACAAUGUCAUCGUGAACCCAAGAAAAGGAGAAACAUGGGCUCUUUACAGGGAUUGGAAUGCAAGUUGGAACAGUCACCCGGAUCUGCACGAGCCUCCUUAUAGAUAUGACUUUGUGAGAGUCAUCUCUGAGUUUGAUGAUCUUAUAGGAAUUCCAGUGGAUAUUAACAGUGCUGAUGCUGAGCAUGGUGUCAUCAGACCAGGGGAAAUGCAGAGGUUUUCUCAUAAAGUUGCAUCGGUUAAAUCGAGUGGAGAUGAGAAAGAGGGUAUCCCAGCUGGUUCUUUCAAGGAAGCUACACCGAGAUAUGAUCCUGAGGUUGAGGAGGUGGUGGAAAUGAGAAUACAAAGCAAAGAUUGUGGUAAAGCUCCAAAAGUUAAAGAUCAAAAUGGGUCUACAAAAGACCUGCCCAUUAUAUUAGAUUGAGGGACUCACAUUUAACUAUAUAACUUAUUAGAUUGAGGGACUCACAUUUAACUAUAUAACUUAUCAAGUGUGUGGCAUUUUAAAUGAACUAAAACUAAUAUGUAU